GAAGCUUUUAAUCCGGACUUUUAUCCGCACUUUAAUCCGGAGAUUUAUCCUUCGUUAUCAGGGUUAACUGCUAAUGCUAACUACACCCUCUGAGAGCGCCUGCAGGAAGUGACGCACAGCGGCGUGAUGGGGAUGAGGAUGAAGGUCUGUCAGCAGCUGCUCCGCUCAGCCUUCAGUCAGCGCGUGUCCUCACGCGCCGUCGGCAGGAUCACAGCUGAUCAAAGGGUCACAGGAAGAUGGAGGCCAGCUCAGGCAGCGUCCUUCUGCAGCUCCUCAGAGGACGGGAAGCCCCGCCCCUCCAUGCUCAAACACCUCCGCUCCAAGAUCCAAUCCACAGGCCCCAUCUCUGUGUCCGAGUACAUGAAGGAGGUUCUGACCAACCCGGUGACCGGUUACUAUGUGAGGAAAAACAUGCUGGGAGCCGAUGGAGACUUCAUCACGUCACCAGAGAUCAGCCAGGUGUUUGGAGAG